GUAAUGAACGUAACAGAUUCAACUUGUCGCUGAGAACGCGUUCGCGACUCCGCGUAUUAGAUCAUUGACGAUUUCCGGGCAACAAAGAAUCAUUGGCCAAAAGCGGUGAUUUGUAAAUAUAAAUUUUGUGUUUUUAUACGUAUAUAUAUAUAUAUAGAUACAUAAAUAUAUAUGUGUGUGGUUCUAAUUGCCAAACGAUUCGAAACAAAUCAGCAUGAAAAAUUUGUGGAUAUUAUUUAUGAUAUUAGGGCUAAUCGUGCUCUGCCUUUUAGUACUGCUGAUUAUAGCAGCGCGUUAUCAGCGUGAUUACUGGCGCUAUUUGGAUAUACCCCAUGAGAGGCCCAAGAAAUUAUGGCCAAUCAUGAAGCAACUGAUCACUCAGUCCCUCAGCACAGAGGCCAUGAAGACGGCUCACUACACGGCCCUCUAUAAUAAGUUCAAGGGCAGCGGACCCUUCUGCGGCUUCUAUGCGUUGCUGCAACCACGUGUUCUCGUCCUCGAUCGUGAGCUGAUACGCCAGAUAAUGAUCAAGGAUUUCUCGAGUUUCAAUGAUCGUGGUAUGUACUGCAAUCAGAAAUCGGAUCCCUUAUCGGCUGAUCUCUAUGGAUUGCGCGGCAAUCAUUGGAAGGAGAUGCGUCAGAAACUGGACCCAACUUUCGAAAGCGAUCGCAUGUCCUGGCUAUAUGGCAGUCUGUACGACGAGGCAGCGCAGUUGCUGCUGACUGUCAGUUCCACGCUAAUGAGUCAACCACACUCCACGCUCCACAUACAGAAGCUAAUGCGACGAUAUGUUAUAUCCGCCCUGGCCAGUUGUGUGUUUGGUGUGAAUGCCGAACAGCGACAGAAAUACUCCAUGGAUGAGUUUGAGCGGAUGACAGAGUUGGUGUUGAGCACAAAGAAGCAUGGCUAUCUAAUGAAUCUGAUGAUGAUACGCUUUCCCAACUUCUGUCGCAAGUUGCGAAUGCGUUUGACACCCAAAGAGGCUGAAGUAUACUUUCUAACGCUGCUCGGAGACAUUGUGCAGCAGCGGGAAGCAUCUCAGGUGCGACAUCAGGACUAUUUGCAGCUGCUGUUGGAUAUCAAGGCACUCGAGUUGACCACCCACGAGUACGAGGCGGACAAGGAGCUGAAGGAGCAUCUGCAGAAAGAGCUGGCUGUUCAUGCAUUUGUCUUCCUCAAGGCGGGCUACGAGCAAACGGCAAACACUUUGUCAUUUGUCCUUUACGAACUUGCCCUAAACCCUGAGGUGCAAUCUCAGGUGAGGCAGGAACUGAAACAGGCCAUGGAAAAGCAUGACAAUAUUCUGAGCUACGAGUGUGUGCAAUCCUUAACUCUAAUGGGUUAUGUCAUCCUGGAAACGCUUCGAAUGCAUCCUAUAACACCGUAUAUAUUGCGUCGCGUCCUUAGCAGUUGUUCGGUGCCGGAUCAUCUCAAAUAUAAUCUGGUCAAGGAGCUAUUUGUGAUCAUACCAACGCAUGCCAUACACAAUGAUCCCGAGUAUUAUCCCGAACCAAAUCGGUUUAAUCCCGACCGUUGGGGAAGCCCCAGGGAUUCCUUCAAGGAGCAAAGCAUUUGGUUUGGUUUUGGUUCCGGUGUCCGUAAUUGCAUUGGUAUGCAAUUUGCUCAAUUACUAUUACGUCUAGCUUUGGCACUGCUUUUACUCGAAUUUGAGUUUACCUUAAACUCAAAGAGGCCUCUGGUCACUCUAGAGGACGGCAUAGCACUCCAGCUGACGCCUCUGGGAGUGGUCGAGCCAGGUCUGGAGGAGCGUGCAGUCUGAGCUUGUUCAAAUAUGGUUGUUUUACUUAAAGUUAUUAAUGAAUUUAGAGUGCUUAUGAAGCAGGAGCUACAAAAGAAAUAUUUGCAUAUACAAAACCCUUACAACAAUUUCAAAUUCAAGA